GGUUGAGUCCUCGCGUUCCGUCGAUGUGGCGUAUUUCCACUAAUUCAAUUAGUACAAUUAGGGAAUUAAAAUGUGAUUAGAAAGUCGAAACAUGAAAUAAACAAUGCAGAUUAUCUCAUUUAAGGGUGUUUAUUCCACGCGGUGUCUGCGGAUGAAGUCACUCAACAUUGUUGUACAUAUCAGUUAUGUGUAAUGACAAUAGCAAACAAACUGAGUCAUACUGAUUACGGUUAUGUCAAGUCAAUGUGUCAUAACAUAACCUCGAACUGGCAGUAAUCCUAGUCAGUCAGUUCUUGUUGUCAGUUAUGUCCUGACAGUUGAACGACACAGUGUCCAUUGUCGAAUUUAUAAUAUAAAAUGGCAGAGUCAGAGAUGACUGUUAGCAAGGCCCUCGGUUUUAUCGCCUCGGGGGCCAUGAUUUUCGGUGGUGUUGUGCCAUAUAUUCCACAGUACAGGGAAAUUAGGAGGAAGGACGAUGCCGAAGGAUUCUCACUUUACGUCUGUCUGGCUUUGCUCAUCGCUAAUACUUUAAGGAUAAUUUUUUGGUUCGGAAAGCGCUUCGAGCUACCUCUCCUCCUCCAAAGUAUUCUCAUGAACAUAACAAUGCUCGUGAUGAUCAGGCUCUGCGUAACGGUUCGCAAUAAAAAUCAAAUAAUCAAAGCCAAGGAGCGAACAUUCACAGAUUUGGACAUUAAAUACUUUUGGAAAUGGACAGACUUCCAGUCGUAUUUGGAUUUCAUACUUCUAUUUGGAGUAGCUGGUGGAUUUCUCAUGUAUUUAUUCGCCGAUUAUCCGAUAUUUGUGGAGAGUGUAGGCCUGCUUGCUGUACUAACUGAAGCCAUGCUGGGGGUACCUCAAUUUUUACGUAAUCUGCAUAAUAAAUCCACUGAAGGAAUGAGCAUAGCUAUGGUGACAAUGUGGACUGUUGGUGAUACGUUCAAGACUUGCUAUUUUGUUCAAAGAGAAGCACCCAUUCAAUUCAGUAUUUGUGGAGUUCUCCAGGUGAUGGUUGACACAGCAAUUCUCCUACAAGUCUAUCUAUAUCAAGUUAAUCUCUCAUCCCGACCGGAUUUACGGACUGAUUAGUAGUCUUAGUCUAGAAUAUCAAUCUUUUAUGGCCAUAUUAAUAUUCCAAAGUAACUCAGCAUCUUCCUCUCUAUUCCAAAUCGGAAUGCAUUAAUUUUUAUAGUCUUUUUUGUGUGUUGUGAUUUCAUAAUUGUAAUAGUACUAAAUAUCCAAGAAUAUUAAAUUAUUCUGUUUCAAAGUGCUAUAAUGUUACCACACUAGUGACGUACUGAAUAUAACUUAUUGUAUCGUAGCAAUUGGAUGAAUCUUUCUUUGUAAGAAAAUAUGAACAUCUUUGCUGACGAUGUGACGUAAUACGAAAUAUUCACAGUGUGGAUAUUCUAUUAAUAAAAUAUUUUUAUAAUAUA